GGGUCACUUCAGACGUUAUGUAAAAAGUGAUCGGUCAGGGAAAAUGGCGUUCAAAUACUCAUAUUUUCUGUGUGCUCUCGUGGUACUUGUAGUGAUUCCUUCAGCGUGCGCAGAUAAUAUUCUUUUCAUUCAAACACUUGCUUCGAAGAGCCACCACAUUUGGAACAAGCAAAUAUUCGACCGGCUAUACAACAAUGGACAUAAUCUCACAAUCAUCUCAUUCGAAGAGGAGCAAUCCGUCCCCGGUAAGACGUUCUUGGUUGUGAAAGAUUUCAUGACUAGAUUGAUAGCUGAAUAUGGCGGCAACUGGGAUUAUACCGUUGUACAAAGUCCGUUUGUGAAUAUUCACUUUAUGUAUGACUUUUACAAUAAAGCAAGUCGAUUGCUGGCGGAAGAAGAGGCUGUUCAAAGGCUUUUAGCCUAUCCACGAACAUUCAAGUUUGAUUUGAUCAUUCAUGAUCUUACAAUGGGCCAAUUCCUAUUGGGGUUCGUAGAGUACUUUGGAAACCCACCGUUAGUCUCUAUAUCUGCUUUCAACAUUCCUCCUCAUGUUACAACAAUGGCUGAUGCCCCGUUAAGGACUACCUGUUUGCCACACUACGCCUCUAGUUUCGGUACUGGGAUGAACUUUAUCGAACGAGUGAAAAAUACAUUAUAUUGGGCGCUCGAUAUCUUCUACCGUAACAGAAUCUACAUGACCAACGAAGAUCGACGAGUAAAACGGCUUUUUGGUAGCAAUUCAACAUCUGUGAAGUUGAUUGAACAGCGCUCGGACUUUAUCUUGGUGAACAGUGAUUUUAGCAUGGAUUACUACCAAGCCCUGCCACCGAAUGUAAUACCUGUUGGCGGAUUGCAUGUAUCUCGUACUGAGAAAGUACCUCCAAUCGUAAAACAAUUUAUAGCUCGUGCCAUUAAAGGCGUCGUUUUAUUGAGUUUUGGAACAAAUGUAGCAUCUGAAAUGCUCGGUGAGAAGAUCAACGUCGACAUGUUCAAAGUGUUUCGAAGUAUGCCGGACUAUGGUUUCAUUUGGAAGCAUGGAGAUCCAGCGUCAUUGGGAAUAAUGCCAACAAAUGUAUUGGUGUUAAAAUGGGUUCCACAAGCUGCAAUUCUGUCUAAUACGAGAACCAAACUGCUGAUCAGCCACGGAGGACUCUUGAGUCUACAAGAAGCUACUUGGCAUGGAAUUCCUGUCUUAUCAAUCCCAUUCUUCGUUGACCAGUAUUCAAAUACAGAUAAACUCAUCAGAGCUGGGGUUGGCAUAAAACUUCUACCGAAAGACAUAAACGAAGAAAGUUUUAAAGACGCUAUUAUGAAUGUUUUGGAUGAUCCAAGUUACCAAGCAAGAAUGAAACAAAGAUCUUACCAAUUCAAAGCACAGCCGGAACAUCCCCUUGAUCGUGCAGUUUUCUGGAUUGAGAAAGUUCUUGAAAAUAAUGGUCUUAGCUAUCUUCGAUCCCCCGCCCUAGAUAUGAACAUAUUCCAAAUAUAUGGCAUCGACAUGUUAACCAUAAUACUAUUGAUAGCUUUCAUCUAUUACCUAAUCCUCCAAAGACACCUCAAGCAACCAGCUACCACUGAAAAAGAGAAACCGAAAAAAGAAUAA